UAAAGACCUGAAAAUAACCUCUCCUCUCCACUCAUAGUUCCAGAUGUCGGACUUGUCAUUCUCAGUGCUACAUUUGUUGAAUUCCGAGCGCAAUGCGUUCGGCCUUCGAAACAAGGAAUACGAUCGCUACAAGAAGCACUUGACUUCGAAGAUCCACAACCUAAGGAAGUCUACCGGACUGACGCAUGGUGGAGCGAAAGGCGGCUACAAGAAGCCGGCACAAGUGUCCCACGAUAGCGUCAGCGAUGUUCGCAUCCCCCAACUAUACCUCUUCGAGGCUGAGCGAUGUCUUGCUACUGCCAACGAGCAUCAAGCUCUCUCGUUGCAGCAAUCUGAAAACACGUCGCGUCACAAGAGGGAGCAGAUCUCUCGUCUAAGGAAAGCCUCGUCCUGGUCUCAACAGUUGGCGGAUCUUGCUCAGCAGUUGGCAGGGCAGCAAAAAACUUCUUCCGAAACUCCGUCUGGCUUUGUCGACCAGAAGACGUUGGCCGAAAUCCACACCUAUCAUCUGCACAUCCUCUCGACCUCUGCUUUCGCUCGGGCGCAAUACUCCUCUGCACUGCCCUUGUUUCUCACAAGGCGAAAGGUGCUCCAGACCCUCUCUGAGAGUGCUCAAACUUCGCAUGAACAAGCUUUGGCCGAUCUUGAGAUCGAGGGAUUGGGAGCGGUCAUUCGCUUCUCGGCUUACAAGCUGGGCAGGACCCGCCGGGCUGCUUCCGCAGAAGUCGACGAAGUACAAGAGAUCGCCGAUGAGUUCAAGGACGAUGACCUGGAAGAAGUCUACCCCGGUCUUGUUCAGGUGAUAACGGGUCUUGAGGAAAAGGCCAAAAGCGUCCAGCCUGGUUCGGGCAAGGGCGAAUCGUCCAGAACGUUGAAUAAGAUCACCUGGGAAGGCAAGGAGGUCAAGAUCAAGAGCCCCGAGAUCGUCAGGGCUAUGAUCAAGGUCCAGCAACACAUUUUGAGCCUCCAGAAGAGCUUUUCCAGAAAGACCAAGAAUGGUGAACAGGCGGCUUCGACCGAGACUGCGUUCCAGUGGAACGGGUUGCCGGCAGGCAGGAACGACGUGCGAGGCGGAGGCAUCAUGAAGAAGUAUGAUCGCCUCUUGGCGGGGCUGAUCGAGGCUGAAUCGAUCUCUCGUCGUCAAGCGGCGAUGGAUUCGACCGAUUCAGUCAGCCCUAGCCGAGGCGCUGGAAUCUCCACUUCGACGGGCUCUACCGAGUUUGUUCACCAAUGGAUCAUUUACCUCUUGCUGAGCUGGAGGAUCCGACGAGAUAUGAUCCUCAUCCGUGGUCUGUGGCAGCCGAGCGUGGAGGAAGUGGUGGAUACUGUUACCGCUGUCACCGCGGGGGGCAAGGGCAAGAAAGCCAAAGAUAAGAAACCUAUCUCCAACUUGCAUGCGGUCGGAAGGGGCGGAAAAGCCUUGUCGGUUCUGGGCACGAAGGAGAGGGGUCUACCUAGGAUCAAGCGAGAACAGGCUUGUCGGAACUUGCAGGCGGUCAUCAAGUGUUGGGACACGAUCUUGCAGAGCGUUGGCCAGAUGCAAGAGCUUGGGUUAGUCAUCGAGCGGGACACCUUGGAGCGGUCGAUCAAGGCUUUGAGCGAUUGGGGCACGUACAUCAGACUGCUCAAGCUUGCGCAGCUUCACGUUCUAUUGCCAGAGCCCAACUACCCCUCUGCCAUUCAGAUCGUGACUCGAUCGCAGCAGUACAUCCACGAGAUCAAACAAAUGGAAGGAGAAUUAUCAGAUGAUCGGGAUCUAUUCUACCACUUGCGAUCCCGAGACAUCACCAGGACCGAGAACCAGGUCGACGUACUUGACAGGGGCAUCAAGCGGGCUUGGUUCGCUGCAACCAAUAAGAAGCCGAUCUUCUUCGACCUCGCAUUCAACUAUGUAGAUCUUCCUAUGGACGAACUGCAACGUGCUGCAGGCAGGGAAGUCUCUUCCAGCUCGACAUCGACGGGAGCCAUCGGCGCUGUCGUGGACAAAUUGCCAGAGUCGAUCCGCGGCCCUGUGGAAACGGUUGAAAAGGUGGCCGAAAAGGUUCUUCCCGCUGCUGCUGCCAGAUUGAUCCCUGGUACAGGAGUCAGCAGAGGUAGAGAAAGUACCCCCGCUCCCGAGACCAGUGUAGAGGACGAACAGCCUCAACCGGAGACUCCUUCGAAGGGAUCCGGUUGGUUCGGAGGUUUCUUCGGAGGAAGGAAGUAGAGCUGUAAUGCGGCCACGUCAUAGCGGCCUUCACAGAAGUAGACUCUACACAUUGUAUCAGGGUAUCAAUAAGAAUGGGUCGAAUGCUAGCCCCGUUCAGCCGGUCGUCCAUCGAUUCACC